CGUAGAGGGAUAGUUCUUUGCUGUGAAUGCGGAAGGAGCGACAUGGUGUAGCUUCAUGCCUUGCAGGUGAUGACUGAGCGGAAUGGACGAGAAGCAGUGGGUUGUGAACUCCAUGAAAGAUGAGGACUCGCUCAUAGAAGGGAUCAGUAACUCAGUCCUUGUGGUGGUCGUCUUGAGCAUCACUUUCCUCGUGGCCCUUUUAACCCUCCUAUGCAGAAACGAACAAAACAUCCACCCCGAGAACCAAGAACAUGUGCAAGCUGUCCGUCAACAUCUUCAGUCAGAGCAGGAUACACCUCCAGAACCCAGACAGCAGUUCUACUCAGACAUGUGGUGUCCUAUCUGCUUACAACAGGCCUCAAUGCCGGUGGAGACAAAUUGUGGUCACCUUUUCUGUGGUUCCUGCAUUGUUGCAUAUUGGCGGUAUGGGUCGUGGCUUGGUGCAAUUAAUUGCCCCAUCUGUAGACAACUGGUCACACUGCUGUUCCCGCUUUUCUAUGAGAAUAACCAGUUAAAUCAAGUUCUGGAGGGGCAGUCAGAGCCUGCACAGAUCCUGCAGGAUGUCCAUGAUUAUAACCGUAGAUUCUCAGGCCAGCCCAGAUCUUUGAUGGACCGCCUGCGGGAUGUCCCUACUCUGCUGCGCCAUGCCUUCAGAGAGAUGUUUUCUGUUGGUGGGCUUUUUUGGAUGUUUCGCGUCCGUAUUCUCCUGUGCUUGGUGGGAGCAGUGACAUACCUGGCCUCACCACUGGACUUCAUCCCAGAGGCACUCUUUGGACUGUUGGGUUUCAUGGAUGAUCUGUUUGUUAUUCUACUGCUUUUCAUUUACAUAUCCAUAAUGUACCGGGAGGUAGUGACUCAAAGACUGGUAGGCUGAUGGGGCUGCGAGGGUAGUGUUCCUCACACACAGUUACAACUGGAUUUGUACGUGAAGCUGUGUACAGUAUUAGAAUGACCAUACAGAUGAUUUACUUUAUCCCCCAAAUCUCUGUGAUAUGGAACAAUUUUACUCAUACAAAGUUGUUUGCAUAUGUACAUGCUGGUCUCAUAAAAAGUAAAACAUUUGAGUGCAUAUUUCUCCUUUCUUGC